AUGGCCGCACUUGAGACAUGCGAGAAGGACCGACAAGACUCCCCUGUCGGAUCUACCAAUAUGUCGAUGCCUCGAAUUCAAGGUGUUACGUUCUACAACAAGGACUGGGAUCAUUACCACCUACUGCAAUACCACGAACAACAAGCAAAUGCAGUCGGUGUGCGCUUGACUGCGGAUUGGGAAGAUCACAAGUAUCCGAGUGGGAGCUUGAACAUGGACUCUGUGACAUGCAGAGAAAGGAUUUACGCGACGGCAACGUGCGGCUUCUCUAGCCGUGAAUCCAAGCCCAUUGCUUCGGGAGUAAGCCUGUUCGAUCACCAAGGUCAUGUUCUGUUGGUGGAGGUUGAGUCCCGGGAGCUCUUCGAGAACGAGAGGAGGUCGACUCCGAAGUUCAUACAACCCCUUCAGCCUCAAGAAAGCAUGCUCUCUAUAGAUACUGGAAAUUACGGCGAUAAAGACGCGGUCAUCGUAAUCGUCACUGAGGCUCCGUCCAGCAUCGCCGAACCCAGUCACGCGCCUGUGGACAGUAACAAUGCGGGUCUGGCGGAACCGUCAGGACCAACAAGCACGGCGACUCCGAGUGUGCUCCAAGCCGCAUAG